AACGCGUCUGUGAGGGAGGAUGUCUGUUACUGCGAGAGUGUGCGCAGUCUGAACCGAUCAGGGAGUUCGUGUGUGAGGUGUUCGGAUCUCUCCUCCUCUCACACUUCCUCAAACAGUCUCUCCCUCCCUCCGUGGUCGCAGUGCUCCUGUCCGUGUGUGUAUCAGCAAGACUCAUGUAGUGUGUGAGGACUGUCUCAAAAGUGUGCACGUUCAGGGGCUGAACUCAAAGCCCCCCGUGGCCGUCUCAAGCGCAAACGGAGCCAGUCGAUUUCCCCCAGAGACUCCAAUGCAGAUGGUGUGAGCAGUGAGGGGAAAAGUUUAUGACAGCUCUGCUGUUUUCGGUUCACGGCUGCCCCAUGGAGCUUUUUGAUUUUUCGGUUGCAGCUAUAGACUUUUGACCGGACUGUUUGACUCAGUAAUGCACUUGUAUUGAACAGAGUCACGUUCGGGAUUGAAUCUUGGAUCACAGUGAAUCCUGUACCGGUCUGAGUCACGCUCUGGAUUUGUUUAGGGUUUUGGCAUUUUUUGUACCCCCACUGCGUUUCUGUGGACGUUCUUUGGAUAGCAGUUUUUAAGAAAGCUCUUUGGGUUGGGUCAUGGACGAGCAGGCUGGCAGCGCGGGCAGCAGCCCUCAGCACGGCCGUGGAUCAGCCAGGCAGGACGUUCUCCGCUGCGGCUGGCUCCGGAAGCAAGGAGGCUUCGUGAAGACCUGGCACACGCGCUGGUUCGUCCUGCGAGGAGACCAGCUGUACUACUACAAAGAUGAGGACGAGACCAAAGCUUUGGGCACCAUUUUCCUACCUGGCAACAGAGUCACCGAACAUCCCAGCAGUGGGGAGGAAGGUGGAAAGUUCUUUUUUGAAGUCAUCCCAGGUAAAGAGAAACCUCUCAUUCUCUUCGGGUCUCGCCUGACGUGA